AUGAACUCUGUCAAAGCAGUCAUCCUCGGCUCGGCCGUCGCCAGCGCUUCCGCCUUUGUUGGCCGCGGCAUGAACAUCACGACGACUCCUACCGUCCCCGGCACCGUCUGGACCACCGAGGUUGUCACCGCCCUUACCACCUACUGCCCCGAGGCUGGCGUCGUCACCGUCGGCAACAAGACCUACACCGUCACCGAAGCCACCACCCUGACCAUCACCGACUGCCCCUGCACCGUCCACAAGCCCGUUCCCACCGGCACCCCAGACUGCCCCAAGAAGUGCAGCGACGAGUGGACCGCCUGCAGGGUGAAGCCAGGUGCCAACAUGGCCUCGUGCGCCAGCGACUACGCCAACUGCGUCGGCUUCGUGCCCACCAACUCCGCGGGCGCCGUCACCACCGCCACCACCUGCGCCUCCGGCCCCGCUCCCACCGGCCCCGCUCCCACCGGCACCACCCCUGACCAGGACUGCCCUGCCAAGUGCCUGGCCGCCAUGAACGACUGCAAGAGCAAGCCCGGCGCCAACAUGUCCUUCUGCACCUCCGAGUACGUCAAGUGCGUCGGCUUCAUGCCCACUGCCCCCAACGGCGCCGUCGGCAUCGCCACCGUCUGCUCCGGCCCCGCGCCCACCGGUCCUGCUCCCACUGGCGCCAGCCCCCCUGCCCAGGAUUGCGCUGCCAAGUGCCUGUCCGCCAUGAACGACUGCAAGAGCAAGCCCGGUGCCAACAUGUCCUUCUGCACCUCCGAGUACGUCAAGUGCGUCGGCUUCAUGCCCACUGCCCCCAACGGCGCCGUCGGCAUCGCCACCGCCUGCGCCACCGCCACCCCCACCACUACCGGCCCUCCCGUCGUCACUGCCGCGGCCGGACGCGCUGUUCCUGGCGUGGCUCUGCUUGCCCUGGGUGCCGUCGCCCUUCUGUAA